AUGGGGACAUUUCAGAGCUUUAGGAAAGCUUAUGGCGCGCUCAAGGAUACGACUAAGGUUGGCCUUGCGAAGGUCAACAGCGAAUUCAAGGAUUUGGAUAUUGCAAUAGUAAAGGCCACCAAUCACGUUGAAUGUCCUCCUAAAGAACGUCAUAUUCGAAAAAUAUUUUUUGCAACAUCGGUGGCACGUCCCCGAGCAGAUGUGGCAUAUUGCAUUCAUGCGCUUGCCAAGAGGUUAAACAAGACGCGUAGUUGGAUUGUCGCCAUUAAGACGUUGAUUGUCAUUCAUAGGACAUUGAGAGAGGGUGAUCCUACAUUUAGGGAGGAGCUUCUAGGCUACUCGCACAGAGGGCGCAUUCUCCAAAUAUCCAAUUUUAAAGAUGAUUCAAGCCCUCUUGCCUGGGACUGCUCUGCAUGGGUUCGAACAUAUGCACUCUUCCUAGAGGAGAGACUUGAAUGUUUUGGGGUCUUGAAGUAUGAUAUUGAGACAGAGCGUUUGACAAAAUCAGAAGCUGCAAUUAGCAAGGCACACAGUAGAACACGGAUUUUGAGUAGUGAAGAGCUAUUAGAGCAGCUGCGUGCAUUGCAGCAAAUUCUGUACCGUCUCAUUGGUUGUCAUCCAGAAGGAACAGCAUAUAGCAACUAUCUCAUUCAAUAUGCAUUGGCCCUGGUAUUAAAAGAGAGCUUCAAAAUAUAUUGUGCCAUCAAUGACGGAAUCAUCAGUCUUGUGGACAUGUUCUUUGACAUGCCAAGGCAUGAUGCAGUUAAAGCUCUCAAUAUUUACAAAAGGGCUGGCCAACAGGCUGAAAAUCUUGCUGAUUUUUAUGAAUACUGCAAAGGAUUGGAACUUGCUAGGAACUUUCAGUUUCCAAUAUUAAGACAGCCGCCUCCCUCUUUUCUUGCAACAAUGGAAGAAUAUAUUAAAGAGGCACCUCAGACGGGUUCAGUACAUAACAGACUGGAAUAUACUGAAAGAGAAGAAGAGUCUUCCAAGCCAGAAGAACCAGUAGAAACUGAAAAGCAAGUUGAAAAUGCGAAAGAGAAUGAGCCCCUGGUUGAGACAGAGGAAGAACCUCAGCCUAAGGAAGAGGAGAUUGAAACACCUCCUUUAAUAUCAACUGAAGAUGUGGACUUAUUGGGUUUGAAUGAAAUAAAUCCAAAAGCUGCAGAGCUAGAGGAAAGCAAUGCACUGGCUCUUGCAAUAGUUCCACAAGGCCAUGAUCCAUCAAAUCCAAAAAAUCUCGCUUUAGCUGAAAUCAGUGGAACAGGAUGGGAGCUAGCGCUUGUUACUACUCCCUCCAAUAAUAUUACCAGCAAUUUGACACAAAACGAACUGGUGAGGCUAUGGACAGGAGCAGCAUCUCCAAACCCGUUCGAGCAAGCACAUGAUCCAUUUCAUAAUGUCCAACAACUUCGCUCCCCCAACCAAUGUGCAGAUGGCAUUAUUGGCUCAGCAACAGCAACAGCAGCAACAGAUGAUGAUGCAACAUCAACAACAACAACAAAACAUGUCAAUGACACUAAGCCGUAUCUAGCUCUGCCGCAAUAUCCUCAACAAUCUCAGUAUCCUGAACAGCAGAUGAGUUCCAUUAAUCCAUUUGGAGAUCCUUUCCUCAGCCUCCCAACAAAUUCAUCACAGUCACAACAAGGAAACAAUAUGUUGCUCUAG